GCAGUCUUCUUCAGGCGAUAUCAUAGGAAACUCGUUCCAACGUUCAAACGUUAUAGUGUUAUGUAACAUGUGAUUGUCAAUAAAGAAUAGUAUAAUGUUAAUUAAAUAAAAGAUGGACUCAAAGAAGUAAAUACUGUAACCAAAAUCAAUCAAAAUGGAUCAAGACAUAACACCUGCUAUUGUGCUGCAUUGGAAUUAUAGAGGUUUCACCGAAUUUCCACUGCAUCGGUUAAAUGGAGAAGAAUCAGAAAUAACAGAUAUAUACCUGAAAGAGAAUUUAAUAUCUCGCGUGCCAAAUGAAAUAUGCAAAUUGAGGAAUUUAGAAAGUUUAUAUUUGAGCGGGAACGAUAUAACGGAAUUGCCAAUACAAAUAUCGGAAUUGCAAUAUCUCAAGUGUUUGGAUAUAAGUGGUAAUAGAUUGAGAGCCCUCCCCGAUGAGAUCGGUGAUAUGAAAUGCCUUAAGUUUCUGAUACUAGAUGAGAACGAGUUGACAACUCUUCCGUUAAGAUUGAACGAGCUGCGCUUCCUGCGAUAUCUAUCGGUUUGUGACAACAAACUCCAAUGGCUACCACAGAGACCGGUAUUUAACUACCAUCAUUGCGAGUUUAGAUUUUGGAGGAACACCAGACUGAGAUCAAUUCCAUAUACGUUGUGGUACCAUAUGUUUCGUGAUCAACAAACGAGAAGUUUAAAUAUCGGAUGUCUGAACAUUUUAAGCCAUCAACACACAUCAAAAAUUGCCAAGUUCCGAUUGAAAUUAUAUAAAUUUUCAAGUGAAUGCGAAGUGGAACUUUCGUGUUUACCAUACCAGAAUAUAAUGUUAAACACAGACAAAUUUUCACCACCAAGCCUUUAUGAAAUUACCAAAAGACAGUUAUAUAACAUGGUUUGUGAAGCUGCGAAAAGACAAACAUAUGAUACGGAUUAUAAAUAUCAAUGGGAAAAUUUCCACUGCAAUAAUCGCCUUAAAAAUCUACAAGACACUUUUAGCGACAUUAAUAUCGAUAAAGGCGAAAAUAAUAAUAAAGACGAGAAUGGAAACAGUGAUACUUUAAGCAAUGUCACUCAUAAAAUUAAUAAUAAAACUAGAAUAAAUAGUGAUUAUACACCAAAAGAUAUUAUUGAGGAGCAUUUUAAAUAUUUACCAAGUUUCAUAAGAAAGGAACUUUCCAAUGGGCCUUUAUCGAGAUGUGAAUAUGUGGAAUGCAGAAGACCUGUCUUUGAUUACGCUUAUUUUGAAUUUUGUUUAGGAAAACUCAUCCUUAUUGAUAACGUCGAAAAUAUAAUUCUAAGUGCCACAUUUUGUUCCAAAUCUUGUUCGGAUAAAUGGAAAAUUGGAAGAGACGUUAUACCAUGGACGAUAAAGUGUUAACACCAAAUACUAAUUUUAAUAUUAUUUAUUUGUAUUUAAUAAAUUAUUUUUACCAAUGUUAAAAUAUUUCAUUUAUUUAAACAUCGUUUUUACUACUCUUCAUCCUUUCCACCUUCAUACCUUUGUAUUUUUUUAUGAUGAGGAUUAGGCUUAGGUUAAGCUUGAACGGUUGAAUUGCUAGAGCAGGCACUUUCAUAGAAAUAGGAUCAGUUUUGAGUCGUUGUUAAAAUAUAAAAUAACUGAGAGAAAUAUGCGGCUGAAAUAAACCAAAUAAUUAUCAUUUUUACGUAGGUAAAACUAAUAAAGUGUAAAAAAGUGGAAGUUCUAAAAAAACGGAAGUUUAUUUGUGCUGAUAACCAUUAUGGGAACCACCUUUAAUGGGUAUCAUUUUGA